UGCUUAAUCUUUACUUACUGACUCCAGACUAAAGCACUGAAAAUGAACCUGUCUUGAAGAUCAACAAGUUUUUAGAUUUUUUUAUUACAUUUUUUUUCUUCAUUUGCCAUGGCAAGACCGGUUCAGUUUUUGAUCUCUGUAGUUUUUAUUCUCAUUGAACUUGCAGAUGCACAAGAUUCUGUUACUUCAUGUGUCCCUGAAAUCAAACUUCGGAAGAACACCCUUUACACAGCCUCCAAAGAAAACAAGUUAAACAUCUCUUGCCCUGUGACAUACUGUAAUGAGAUUCCUGUUGUUGAAUGGAUAAAAAUUGGUGACAUGGACAUUUUUAUGCACAUCAAAGAAACAAAUCAAGUAACAAUUACAGAAGAACAAACUGGCUUAAAGGAGAUAAUUUCAUAUUUGAGCUUUAGGAACUUUGUACCAGGUGAUAUUGGCAUUUAUAGAUGUAAGGUUACUACAUCAGGCUUUUCAUCAGAAAGCCACAACAUUAACGUCAAUGUUUCAGAUUCUGCCGGCUACACCAGUAUAAAUAGCACCACUGUACCGCAAAAGGAGAAGGAGACGGAUGACAGGCGGCUUCUGUAUGUCUUCAUUUGCUUAGGAACCCUCGGUCUAGUCUUAUUCGUGAUGUUGAUCUCUUUCCUGUGCAUAAAUCAAUAUUCAAGAAACAACCACAGAAGCAAAAACUGUCCGAGACCAGCGAGUACCACCACAUCAGGAAAGUCCCAGGAAAUUCCAGAAGAGCAAAACAACAUCUAUGAUGCAACUACAGAUGAGCUACAUUCAGAGCUGAACUCUCUGUGUACAGAAAACAAUCAGAAUUGUACACCAGUAACGAGGAACAGAAACAGGAGUAGUGACGGAUCAGAGCAGAUUGUUUAUGCUACUCUUCAACAUCCUACUCCCAGUGGACCUUCUGCAGUCCACCAUCAAUCAAGGGACCAGCUAUCAGAGUAUGCAUCCAUUCGAAUUGGCUAAAAAAAUAAUUUGGGAGAACUUCAGAGUUUCAAUGUUUUCUGUUAAAGGAGGAGGGCAAUAAAUUAGCAGUGUGAGUAUUGUGAUAAGCAAACCAGGAGCUGGGGUUAGUGUAGUGUUCUCAUAGAAGAACAUAUAAUUGGGAACUUUUUUUAGAUUAAAGGAAAGUCCAAGACCCCACCUAUGAUCAUUGCAUAGAUUUAAUUUAUUUGUAUUCAUACUUUUAGCGUUUCUGAAUAUUUAUAAAUAUAUGACUUUCUGUCAUGUUUUUCAGUUACUCCUGCUUUUCACAUGACUCUGUAUAUUCAGCACUAUCUUACAUAAAAUAAAACAAAACAUAUACUUGUAGCAUGUUGGGAAAAGUUCAGGGAAAGAGAAAACUGGUGGUAGGUUUUAAAAUCAUGCUUUAGAUAUAAAAGCACACUAUAGAUAUAUUUACACACACACAGCUCUGUUUGUGUUCAUCGGUCUUCCUUGUCUCUUGUCUCUCCCUGUUUAAUCCCUUCUGAAGCUCAUUGCAGGUGUGUGAUCGUUAACAGUCACUUCUCUUGGUUCCACCCCAUUUAAUAUCAAUAUAUUGUCAACCACAUUCAUACUAUUUAAUGACAGAGUUUUAGAUUAAUCCCGUUCAUUUCAAGUCACCAGCCGAUCUGGCUUAACUCUAUGAUAACUAAAUAAUAAUGAUAACUUUCAUGUUAGCUGAUAGUAAUCUAAAUAAACUCUCAUCCUGUGAUUAAAAAAAAAACAAAAACAAAGCAGGGGACAUCACAGACACCCGAUGGCCCUUAGACCACACUUUGAGAACCAUGGAGUUAGAAGACCAUUCAUGUUCUGCAAAAAAAGAUCUUUCAGUAAUGAAAAGAACAGUUUUUCAAGUAAAAUCUAGGACCUUAAUUCUGGUUUGUUUAUUUACUGUAGUAAUUGGGACUGUUUUUGCCCUAGCAGAGAUAUAUUUUGUACAUAUGGUUGAUUUCAUGUAGUUAUAGUAGGCUUGGAUUGCCAAAAAAUUCUGUAUAGCUCUAGGUGCUGGAGUAGUUUGUCUUAUUUAUCUGAUACAUUUGAAGAUGUUUAAAAUGUUAAAAACUUCACCUUGUAUUUUUUUAUGUUCAUCUACCCAGAUUUGCUGAAUCUGUUCCCACUUUAGCCUCAGAUUCCUUUUCUUGGCUGACAAGAGUGUACGUACAUAAUAUGGCAUAUUGCAUGUUCUGAGAUUCUUUUCAGCUCACUAUGGCUAUAAAGAGUGAUUAUUUGAGUUCAUUUCUGUGUGUUGAUUCUAUACUUUCUCACCAACAAGAUGCCUGUAGAACUGCUGGUUAUUACUGGGUAGAACAUGCAAGCUACUAACACUUUGCAUGAUUUCUUUGCAUUGCACUGCUGCAACAUGAUUUGUAGACUGAAUCAUUUCAUUUAUCAAUGAUAUAUGACUAAAUAAAGUAGGUGAUGGUACUGUUUCUAACUGUAUUGUUUGCAGUGGGAUGCAAAUGAUACCCCAAUGGAAAUGACCCGUAACAUUAUUUUACAUGUACUCUUUAUACAUGUGUACCAGUGUGAUUACAUGAACUAUGGAAAAAAUGACUAGCAUCAGCUGUUCUACUUUUAGUCACGUAAUAAUGGUAAGGGUCUUAGACCUCUUUACACAUCAUUGUGGUUUAGACGCCCCUUCUCUCUUUUUAGUAUGGAAACAAAGUAAAACAGAAAGCAGCCAGUGGUUGUACCUUGUUACACACUAUGUUCACAAACUAGAAGAAUUGUGUAAGAUAUUGGACUGAUAACACAAGUGUAAUAUUGUGUAUUUGUGCAUUAGUAUGUGUGAUUAUUACUG